AUGUCGCCGUUCCGUGGAGUCUCUCUCGCUUCCGUCCUAUUCGCCGUCCUCUUCUUGGCCACAACGUUGAGCGCCUUCUUGCAGGACGAGGUGCCGCUGAUCACGGAGAUUGAGGGGGUAAGAUGCUAGCCGAUUUGCAACAAAUAGGACCAAUAUUAUUAUGUAUUGUUUGAUUUUUUGGUAAAGUCAGGCAUAGAAAUUUGGAUUUCCAAAAAGCUCAAAUGUUUUCUAUUUUCUUGGGAUUUUGCGUACGGGCUCUAAAUGGGAGUUAUAUCAAGUUAUUAGGGCCCGCAGAGUGGAUCGGCGUAGCCGAUCCACUCAGCUCUUUGCCGCCGCCUGUGUUCACAAAAUCGAUGAAGUCAUCAAAAUUCAGUCAUCUGCCGACUUAGAAUCAUAGCUUUUUUUAUCACAAGCCAGCUGAGAGUCCGUCAUAAAUCAAGCAAAACCUUAUUGCUACUUUGCUCCAGGCUCCCUUCAAAUCUAAGCACAGUAUCUUAUGAAAUUCAAAUUUUGACAUGUCCGGUCAACCUUUCCUUUACCCUUCCAAAAAAAGCAUACUUGUUACUCUAUAAAAAACUUAACAACAAUAAUAAUCGCUUUCCAAUUCCAGGUAGCCAAACGUGCCAUUAACCCCUUCAUGGACUCAAUUGGCAAACGCUCCGGCAACGUCUACGUUCCUGGAAGUCGUUUCUAUCGACACAGUCUCCUCUUCCAACGUCCUUCGAGAUAUUUCGACUCUCUGGCGGGCCAAUCGUUGGGUCGCCGCUAA